GAUGAUCUCCCUGCCAGGCAUGCUGGGGGGGACAUUAUGUCCAGAAGGGAGGGAGGACCAGCCCCACACUCCUCCUGCAGACCCAGGCCUCUGGCCUCCCAGUGAAAAGUUGAUGCUCAGGAUGCGUGCUGUGGCCGGGGUCGGAGGGCGGGGGAGCAGGCCCAGCAUGCCCACUGUCCCUGGGCCCUUCCUGCGUGGAUGAGAGCAGCCUCCUCCAUGGCCUCCCUGCUGCCUCUCUUUAGCCUGACAACCCCUUCUCCCCAUGGGGGCUGGAGUAAGCUUUUAAAACAUAAAUCAGAUUAUGCCACCUAUCUACUUAAAACCCUCCAAGACUUCCAUCACUCUUAGAAUUAAAAAAAAAAACAAACCUCUGUCAGAAACUCCAGUGCCCAGGGGACCUGGCUGCCCUCCCCACAUUCUCAGCCAGGCAGGACCUUGGGGUCUCUGAGUUCUGAACUUGGACAAUCUCCUACUGCAGAUCCCCAGCCCUGGCACGGUUCUCGGGACCCAGAGCUCCCCUUUGCCCCUGGAGAUGAGUUUCUUCACACUUGCUCCAAAUAAAUGCCUUGAGUAGGAGGAAAAACACAACUGCUGGGAGUAAGCAAAUGCCAGUAAUUAGCCUUGACAGUGUAUGGCCCGGUGCUUGGAAUCUUGAGCAGUCGUGUACAAGUGGAGUGGCAAAUUCUACAUUGAGGAUGAGGACCAACUCAGGCAGGAUCUGAGCAGUGUGGGGGUUGUCUGAUCAUUGAUUUAUACACUCAUCCUUUUUUUUUUUUUAAUUCAACAAAUAUGUAUUGAGUGUCUCCUGUGUACCAGUCACAGUGCUGAGGAUGGGGAUGCAGGAUGAACAAGAUAGACAGUAAAUAAAAUCAAGUUUUGGUAACGUCACCAGAAGUGAGCCUCCUAGCAGCCAAAGCAAUGAAGAAAACCGGAGCAAUGACCAGCUCCAUCCUACCUACAAGAUGCCUAAUUGCUCAGGAGAAGGCAAGGUUUUCCUGGCAAAGCAGAAGUCUGGGAUGCCCGUGCCCACUGUGACUUGUUGCUGGUAUGACAGGGGCAGCAUGAGUGCAUCUCACAGGUAAAGAUACACAAACGCUGAGAAUAAUGUCAAAGACAAACUAAACACAUCAAACUAAACACAACUGCCAGACACUUGUUUUUCCUGCAUUUCCUGUGUUUGCCUGGCCCAAGUCUUUUGCCCAGGUUAUUCUCCCCUCCCCCUACAAAAAUACAAUUUUCCUUCCAUCUCUCUACCUACCUCCUAUCUUGAAGUGGUAACACCUCCCUGGGGUGGAACAGCAUGUAUCUGUCCAUUCUCUGACCCCUCUCUUGUCCCCCUAGACUGCCAGGAGUUGCUGCCACCGCUGCCGACCCCCAUGGCCUACAUACCGGGUGGGGGCGCCCCAGCAGCAGGGGCCACCCCCAUGGGCUCCCAGUAUUGCGUGUGCAAGGUGGAACUGUCUGUGAGUGGUCAGAACCUACUGGACCGGGACGUCACCUCCAAAUCUGAUCCCUUCUGUGUCCUCUUUACAGAGAAUGAUGGCAGGUGGAUCGAGUACGACAGGACAGAAACUGCAGUCAACAACCUCAACCCCGCAUUCUCCAAGAAGUUCAUCCUCGACUAUCACUUUGAGGAGGUGCAGAAGCUUAAGUUCGCCCUGUUCGACCAGGACAAGUCCAGCACGCAGCUGGAAGAGCAUGAUUUCCUGGGCCAGUUCUCCUGCAGCCUGGGCACGAUUGUCUCCAGCAAGAAGAUCACUCGGCCUCUGCUGCUGAUGAAUGACAAGCCUGCUGGAAAGGGCUUGAUUACGAUUGCCGCCCAGGAGCUGUCAGAUAACCGCGUCAUCACACUGAGCCUGGCAGGCAGGAAGCUGGACAAGAAGGACCUCUUUGGGAAGUCAGACCCGUUUCUGGAAUUUUAUAAGCCAGGACACGACGGCAAGUGGAUGCUGGUCCACAGGACUGAGGUGAUCAAGUACACGCUGGACCCUGUGUGGAAACCAUUCACGGUGCCAUUGGUGUCCCUGUGUGAUGGGGACAUGCAGAAGGCUAUCCAGGUCAUGUGCUACGACUACGACAAUGAUGGAGGCCACGACUUCAUCGGCGAGUUCCAGUCCUCUGUGUCACAGAUGUGUGAGGCUCGUGAUGGUGUCCCGCUGGAGUUUGAGUGCAUCAACCCCAAGAAGCAGAAGAAGAAGAAGAAUUACAAAAACUCGGGCAUAAUUAUCCUGCGUUCCUGCAAGAUAAACCGGGACUACUCCUUCCUGGACUACAUCCUGGGAGGCUGCCAGCUCAUGUUCACCGUUGGGAUCGACUUCACGGCCUCCAAUGGGAAUCCCCUGGACCCUUCCUCUUUGCACUAUAUCAACCCCAUGGGCACUAAUGAAUAUCUGUCAGCCAUUUGGGCUGUUGGACAGAUCAUUCAGGACUAUGACAGUGAUAAGAUGUUUCCGGCUCUGGGGUUUGGGGCUCAGUUACCCCCGGACUGGAAGGUCUCCCAUGAGUUUGCCAUCAACUUCAACCCCACCAACCCCUUCUGCUCAGGCGUGGAUGGCAUCGCCCAGGCGUACACAGCUUGCCUGCCACACAUCCGCUUCUACGGCCCCACCAAUUUCUCUCCCAUCGUCAACCACGUGGCCCGCUUUGCAGCCCAGGCCACGCAACAGCAGACGGCAACACAGUACUUCAUCCUCCUCAUCAUCACUGACGGCGUCAUCAGCGACAUGGAGGAGACGCGGCACGCAGUGGUGCAGGCUUCCAAGCUGCCCAUGUCCAUCAUCAUCGUGGGCGUGGGCAACGCUGACUUCGCCGCCAUGGAAUUCCUGGACGGGGAUAGCCGCACGCUGCGCUCCCACACGGGGGAGGAGGCAGCCCGCGACAUUGUGCAGUUUGUGCCCUUUAGAGAGUUUCGCAACGCAGCAAAAGAGACCUUGGCCAAAGCUGUGCUGGCGGAGCUGCCCCAACAAGUCGUGCAGUAUUUCAAGCAUAAAAACCUGCCCCCCACCAACUCGGAGGAGCCCGCCUGAGUGCCAGCCCGUGCCCAGCAGCAGCAUGCCGGCUGGGUCCCCCGCCUCCCCCAGGAACGUGCACGCUCACCCUGCUUCCUCGUGGGUGGCCUUUUUUUUUAACUGAUCCACGUUUUUAUUUUUUACAACUGGACCUCCGCCCCCAGCUUCCCCCAGCCCAGCUGGGCUGCCUUUGUUGGAGUCAACAGAUGAUGCUUCCAGGCCAAACUGGCUUCCUCUCCUCCUCUCCCUACCCUUGCCACUCUUAAGUAUUGAAUGUACUUUGUAUAAUUUUAGUGGAAUUAUUAUUGUUAUUAAAGAGAAUAAAAUUUUUAUAAUCA